AGCAAAGAAACAAAGAGAGUUAUAUAUCCAACCCUAGCUAGGUCCAUUAUUCAACCAAUAAAAGGGAGAGUAAGAAGGCAAAUUUUGAGAGAUAUUAUAGAGAGAUGACUGAAGAAAGUGCUGGAAACACAGUUGCAACCUCUAUCACCCCAUUAAACUGGUGGUAUCUCCAGGCAAAUUCUAUUUCUUCCUGGAACGAUACUAAUAACACAUGGAACAACCAACCAAACCCUAAUUCUUCCUCUUCUUGUGAGGAGGAUAUAUCUGUUUCUACAUCUUUCACUAAUGCUUCCAACCAUUCAACCCUCACUGUUGAGUCCUCUCGCCGACUCAUUGACCCUCCUGCUCCUUCCUCCAACGAGUUCAUGGGAGAGCAUGCUUCGGAUAAUCAACUUUGGACCCAUGUUCUAUCAGGUGUUGGAUCUAACGGCGAGUUACAGAGCGGCCAAGAAAUUGGAGAGAAGUUUCUGGGUGCACUGUCAUCAAAAAGCAUGACAAGCACUAUGUUUCAACCAGUCUGUGACUACUUGAAGAAACUUGAUCAUAGCAGUUGGGAAUAUAGUGGUUCAACUUCAUUAAACAGUUUUGAGAAGCAUUUAAAUGGGUUCAAUGAGGCGAUGAUUGAGAAUAAUGAAAGGUUGACCAAGUUAUCUAAUCUUGUAAGCACUUGCUCUAUUGCCCCGCCAGACCCGGAAGUAAGUAGCCACUUUGAUCCACAAACAAACAACAUGACCUUGAAUUCUUCCAUGGAUCAUUUCCCACAAUCUGAUCACUUCAAGCAACCUUUUGGAGACUCCACAUGCUCUCUUGGAGGAGUAGCAAACAGAAAUUCUGGAGUGUUCCCAUCCUAUGAUCAUGACACCAAGAUCAAGCAAGAGUUUCAUGCAAGUGAAGUGCAAGGUUCUGUAUAUGGAAAAUCAUUAAAUGCAAAUGGGUAUCAAAAUGGAUUUAAUGGCUUUUCAGUGGGUGAUAGUUGCAAACUCUACCAUGGGAUGCCCAAUCUUCCUCCAUGCACAAGAAAUUUCUCAGAUGUUAUAUCCUUUAAUAGUCGAUUUGGAAGGCCAGUUAUUGGAAUCCAUGCUCAGAAGCCUAGCAUGAAGUACCUGAACGUAUCUGAACCAAAGAAACAGGGCCUUCAAGCACCAUCACCGAUAAGAACUAACAUUAAUGGAAAAGGGGAGGGUACAACACGUGAAGUAAAGAAGAAAAGAUCAGAAGAAUCUUCAGAUGCAAUGUUAAAAAAGCUUAAGCAAGAUACAUCAACAGCUUCUUCUUCAAAGGUGCAGGCACCCAAAGUCAAGCUAGGGGACAAAAUCACAGCCCUUCAGCAAAUUGUGUCUCCAUUUGGAAAGACAGAUACUGCAUCUGUGCUGUUUGAAGCAAUAGGGUACAUAAAGUUUCUUCAAGAACAAGUCCAGCUACUGAGCAACCCUUACUUGAAGGCUAACUGUCACAAGGAUCCAUGGGGAAGCUUGGAUAGAAAAGACAAGGACGAUACAAAGCUAGAUCUUCGGAGCAGAGGUCUUUGUUUAGUUCCUACUUCAUGUACUCCUCUAGUUUACAGAGAGAGCAGUGGACCAGAUUACUGGACACCAGCAUACAGAGGAUGUUUGUAUAGGUGAAAAAUGUGUCAUAUAUAAGACAUAGAAUAUAUGAAUGUAGUACGUACUUUGCUUGAGUCUUGGAAAAUUAUAAAUUAAGGUCCAGUGAAUAAAGUGUAUAUAUAUAUAUAUACGGUUAAACUUAACUUUUU